UUGAUUUUUUGACCUCUGAAAUCAAAUCAAUUUUAGAAGAAAUUGGUCCCAGCAAUUUCUGUGGUUUGGUGACUGAUCAUGCAUCCAACAUCAGAGGUGCAAGAAAAAAUAUCUGUAAUUCAUUUCCACAUAUUUUCAAUGUAUGA